AUGGCCUCCACAGAUAUCGUCAAGGGAGAUGUCGAGUAUGCCGACCGACCCUCCCACAUUGAGACUCUUCCAAAACCCUCACAAGUCACCGAGAUCGGCACUUUCCGUGUUGUGGGCUUGACAUCUGAUGAUGCAGACUUCUAUACCAAUUAUCCCGAGGAGGCCCGGAAGAAGGUCUUCCGCAAAGUCGACUCGCGUCUGAUUCCCAUGUUGGCGGUGUUGUAUCUAAUCAGCCAUAUUGAUCGGGCCAACAUUGGCAAUGCAAAAAUCGAGGGCAUGGUUGAAGACCUAGGCAUGACCGGGGUGCAGUAUAAUACGGUUCUUUCUAUCUUUUUCGUUCCUUACGUUUUGCUUGAAGUUCCAAGCAACAUUCUUCUGAAAAAGUUCAAGAGGCCAUCAACAUAUCUUGGGAUUCUUGUCCUGUCUUGGGGCAUUGUCAUGACAUGCACCGGUCUGGUCCAGAACUUCAGUGGUCUGAUGGUCACCCGGGUUUUACUCGGUGUCUUCGAGGCGGGAUUCUUUCCUGGUGCUAUCUACCUUUGUUCCUACUGGUAUAUGCCAAAGGACUUGGCUCUGCGCAUUUCCUACUUUUACUGCGCUAGUGCGCUUUCGGGUGCAUUCUCUGGUCUCCUAGCUGCCGCGAUUGCGCAGAUGGAUGGCGUCGGCGGCCUCGAGGGCUGGAGAUGGAUCUUCAUUCUCGAAGGUCUUGCUAGCGUCGUUCUAGCGGUUGCAUGCUUUUUCUGUCUUAUUGACACUCCCGCCCUGUCCGGACGCUGGCUUUCUGAAGAUGAGAUACGGUACUUGAAUCUCUCCAUGUUCAUCAAACAAGGAGGCACGAGUGUAGAGGAGACCAGCUUCAAAUUCCGGGAUCUCAAGAUGGUCCUUACGAACUGGCGGGUCUAUGUGCAGGCGUACUUUUUACUUUGCCAGUCGGCUUUGUCAUAUGGAACCAAAUUUACUCUCCCCACCAUCACCAAGGCAAUGGGUUUCAGCGACACCAAUGCUCAGCUCACGUCGGCACCUCCCUAUGUGGCGGCCGCGGUAUCAGCUAUCAUGUUUGCACGGCUCUCGGAUCGCUUCUUCUGGCGAAUGCCAUUCGUGGCAAUCCCGAUGAUGAUUUGCGUUGUCGCAUACGCGGUCAUCAUGUCGCUGCAUGGGGCCCUCUCAGAAAAGAAAGGAGUUGCCUAUUUCGCUGUUGUCCUUGCCGUCAUCGGCAUCUAUCCUAUCCAAGCCGCAGCAGCCUCUUGGAAUGCAAAUAAUAUCGCCCCGUCCUCCCGACGAGCCGUGGGCAUUGCACUCAUGAACUGCGUUGGCAAUGUUGGUGGAAUUCUGGGCAGCUUCAUGUACCUGGAGAAGGAGAAGCCAAAGUAUUACACGGGGUUCGGCCUUAGCCUCGCCCUUGCUGGCUUUGGGCUUUUUGUUGCCCUAUUCCUCGAGUGGAGCUACAAGAUUGGCAACGCAAAGAAGGCGAAGCUUGCUGACGAUGCGAGAGUUCGGUAUACUGAGGAAGAGCUCUUUGACUUGGGAGAUCGAUCACCGUUGUUUAAAUAUGUUUUGUAUUUUCAGUGUGUUAUAAACCCCUUUCAUCUGAUAUCAAGUACAUACGACCAUAGGGUGUGGAGAACAGGGCUUCCCGUCCGCUCAGCCGUACUUAAGCCACACGCCGGCAGGUUAGUAGUAUGGUGGGUGACCACAUGCGAAUCCCUGCUGUUGUAUGUUUUUUAUAUUUUUGCUAUUUUCUUUUCCUCUGAUCCUGUUUUCCUCUGA